AAAGAAGACUCUGGGAACAGGGAAGGACUAACAAGAUAGGUUGAUUGUUCUGGCUUAAUGACAGAGCUCCUACUUUCACUUCCACCAUCAGUCACUUGUUCGCUGCACUGAUAAAGACUCUGACCUUUCCUGUUGGAUGAAGGCCUCCAAUAAGACAAAAUCACUUAGCAACCCUGCAGCUAUAAAGCUUCAGAGGGGUGGAUAUGACCUCCCGUCCCAUGAUGCCCUGGCACAGAUCCUACCAAAUGGCCGCUACCCUCUCAAGGGAGCGAAGACGGAGCCCCACAGAGCAGCCCAACAAGAACAGGAGAAGCCAGAGGCUGCACAGGCCAACAAACCCAACAUUAACCACACCUAUCAAGUACAUCAUGCCCAUCAACGACGCUCUCUGCAUAAUCUGGAGGAUGAUCCCCACAUGGCAGAGAUCACAGACCUCCAAACUAAGGAGGUGGAAAACUAUCGUUUAGCCAUGAGUAAGAUGGCAGAGGACAUCAUAGCGCUGAGGACACAGGUGGUGACGCUGGAGACAGAAAACAGUCAGCUCCGCACUGAUCUGUCUCUGCAGCAGGACCUUGGCCGAGACCUGCUGGAUGAUACUGACAUUGACGUCAUGACCAAGGCUGAGAUUGCUGACCGUAUAGCCUCUCUGAAAUUCAAGCUGGCCAGUGAGACCAGUAAGGCUGCCUCUCAAAGGGACAGGAUCCAACAGCUGCAGAAUGAACUGAUUAGGAAGAAUGACAGUGAGAAGGAGCUACUUAAACUUCAGAGAGUCCACCAGCAGCAACAGCAGGAUCUGCAGCGUCACCACAGUCACAUGACAAAGAUGGCAACUUUGGAGGCCACAGUGAAACAGCAGGAAAAGGUCAUUGAGAAGAUGGAGAAAGCGUUAGACAGCAAACUCAGAGAGAAGAAUAAGCAGGGUGGUGACAAGAGGCUGGUGGUGAAAAAACAAAAAGGUGAGACUGACCACAGAAGGGAAGAGAUAGAGUCGGCCCUGGCAGCAGAAAACGCUCGUCUCAGAGGAGAGCUGGACAGGAUUCGGCAGCAGCCUGCUCCAGUCAUCAUACAGCAGGCAGCACAGACAAAAGACGCACUGCCACUCCAGGAGAGACUGAGUUUACUAAAUAAACUGGAGAUGGCCAAGGCAAAAGUCCAAACCCUGGAGGCUCAGCUGGAGGAGAACUCUAAAUCAUGGGGGAGACAGAAACAAGAAAUGUUGACCAAACUAAGUGAGCACAGGCACGGCUUCGUCCGGACGUCCACUACAAUCCUUCAUAACGUUCCUCUGAGGUCUGCGUCACAGUUAUUGCAUCAGCCGAGCAGACAGAGGAAGCAGAAGCCUUUAAAAUGACCCAGACUAAACACACACACACAGAAAAACUUUUCUUUCAGGGUGUCAACAGGUCCUUAAAGAGUCUUAAUAUGUCUUCAGUUAAGUUUUCUUAAUAUAAGGCCUUAAAAAUAUUAAACUGUCUUAAACUCAGGUUUGAUGGGUCUUAAAUAUUUUCUGUCACAUUACUGCAAAAAUGAUAUCUGUAGACACCCUGUCUUUGAUUUCAUGUUCCAAA